AUGGCUGGACCGAAGGAAGAAUGGUUGAUCUGGGAUAGGCGUUUCCAAUUCGGAUACAGCUGCCUCAAUCAACGCUUGAAAAAAUUUGAGGCCGUCACGCAGCAAAUUGCGCAGCUCGACCAACAGACUAAACAUCUGACAGCCAGUAGCAGGCAUCUGCAAGAGGAUAACGACGGCUUGACAGACAAGAUUCAGCAGCUCCAGCAAGCCUCUUACCAGAUCGCCCAGCUCGACGAGCAGAUUCGAGACUUGGCAGCCAGCAGCGGAAUACGGAAGGAGGAGAACAACGAGUUGAACGACAGGAUACUGCGGCUCGAACAAGAAGGCAUUCGACGAGAUCAGGAGAAUCGGUUGGUACAAGAGCAGCUGAUAGAGAAACUCAGUGUGCAGGAAGGGGAUUUCAAGAGUGUGGCUGUCGCCAUGAAAGGGAUGCAUGAGAAAGCCAGGGCAGAACGAGGACAGCGAGGAGAGGAGAUCCAGCAGUUGCGGUCACAGGUCGGAGAUUUCAUUGCAACCAGGCGCACACCUGGAUGGGAUGCCCGAGAUGCAUCCAGUGAAUCGUCUCAGGCCACUGCAGAGGAUGGAUGGAUGCCGAGUAACCAGCGUGCCGAGCAGCAGCGGCUCAGCGCCGCUCACCAAGACAUCGAGGUCCAGGGCGUGCUGAUCAGGGCUCAAGCCUCCUUCACGCUGUUUGAGAACCACUUGAGGUACGCCGAAAAGGCCUUCGAGCGCUACGAGACAGAGGCCGUGCACGCGUUUGUGAACAGCGCACGAGAGGAAUACCGAAUCGCCUUGAGCAACAAGCUGGAGGAACACGGCGGCGAGUGGACCUGGCAGGCAGCAAGGGAGGAGGGUCAUAGGAUAGUGGAAGCUGAAAAGAAGACUCGGAGGAGGAGCACGCGGUUUAGAGCCGGGUCUUCUCGGCCAUCGUAG